UCGCGUAUAUUUUGCGACGUGACGUUGAAGCAGUCACCGGCUUCCUUACCGUUGUGCUAAAGCUACACUAUUGAAAAGAAGGGGAAAAAAGAUUAUAUAUUUUCUCAAAAGCUGCCAGCGGUUUGAAUGUUUCGGGAAUGUUCCGCUCGGCCCUUCAGGAUGUCAUGAAGUCCUCUAGACGUCUGCGAAACGAAGCUAUUGUUGCUGCGGAGGAACACGAAUUUUCAGCACACUAAGGAGAAAUCCCGGUGACAGCAUCCCCCUCCUUGGACCCCUUCACCAAGAGCAAGUCUGAGAUCUGGAAGCAGGUGAUUAGCAGCCUCCCAGCGAGCAGUUCCUUCAGUGAAUCUCACCUGUCAGACCUGUGCACCACACUGGGCUCCUGUAGCCCCUCCAUGCCUGUUAUCCCCAUCCCACGGCGGGUGCGCAGCUUCCAUGGCCCCCACACCACCUGCAUGCACUCUGCCUGUGGGUCGACUCACACCUCCAAGCUGGUGCGCACCAAGUACAAUAACUUUGAUUUGUACCUGCGCUCCCGCUGCAUGUACAGCUUCCUCCGCUUCCUGCUGUACUUUGGCUGCAGCCUGCUGACCUCUCUGCUCUGGGUGCUGCUCUCGGCCAUCUUCUUCCUGCAGUACGUCAGCGUGCGUGUUCUUCUGCGGCUGCAGUAUAAACUGUCAGUCAUUCUGCUCCUGCUGGGGCACCGGCGCCUGGACUUUGCCGUGCUGAAUGAUCUGAUCAUCUACAGCAUGCACAUCACCAUGUUCCUGGUAGGGGGUCUCGGCUGGUGCUUUAUGGUGUUUGUGGACAUGUAGCUGGGUUGUGAAAAGGGUUCUAACACUGCAACUUGAGCAUCGUGUGUUGCACAGGACCACACACACCUGUAGCACAUCCUGUAAGAUGAGAGUAAAAGUACAUAUUGCACUACGGCAUCUAAAAAUCACUGUUUUAGUUUACAUCAAUAUAAUAUCAAUUUACAUAAAUCAGUCUCUAAUAAUGAUGCAGUCACUGUCAAUAUUAGAUUAUAACGGGACCAAUAGCAACAAAGUGUGUAUAUUUUUGUGUUUCGUGCCAUUUCCAUAAGUGCUUUUUGUGCAGAAUAAUUUUUUACUGUAAAAGAAAUCAUCAAUGCUAUUGUUGCAUGGAAUAUUGAGAUAUGUGACUGAUCUUGAGCUUAAGUUCUCAAUGCAUACGGUGCAAUUAUAACUGUAUUUUGUGUGCAAACAUCAUGUAAAUAUACAAUUAUGCUUGAAAACCGUGAAAA